AUGGGUAGACUUUCUUCAGCCAUAGAAAUCCCCGAACGCCGCCGUACCGCCAGCCACCGCGACAAUGGCCGCCGUAGCCGCAGCCUCAGCCGGAGCCGGAGUGGAAGCCCUGUGAACAACGACUAUCGCAGAUACCGUCGUCCUUCCCCGGAUUACUCCUACCCUAAUCUCGACGAAGGUCAAAGGUCCAGCCAUAGAAAGGAAUUCAAUUACGAUGAUAAUCGCAAAAAAUCCUACCUCGACCGUGAUUACAAAAACGGGAGAGCUGAGGAGUCUGAAUCUGACGAAGAACUGAAAGGCCUACCUUACGAAGAGUAUCGCAGGCUCAAGCGUCAGAAAUUGAGAAAAUCGCUCAGAAAGUGCAUUUGGAAUUGCACCCCUAGCCCCCCUAGGGAUCCAAAUGAAAAAUCAGAUGGCGAGCCAGAGGAGGAGGAUCGUGAGGUCGAAGAAGAAAAACAGCAUAAAGGUCUGAAGUCUGAAGCCAAAAGUUUGCCAAAGAGUGAAUCUGAAUCGGAGUCUGAGGAUUCUGAAUCUGAAUCUGAAUCAGAAUCAGAUGAUUUUAGGUCAAGGAAAAGUAGAAAAUCCCGUUCAAGGCGUAAGAGUGGGAGAUCAAAACCAGUCUCUGAGAGUGAGAGCGAAAGCCAAUCGGAUGGCGAAUCUAGCGACUAUGACUCUGAGGAAGAUAGGAAGAGGAGAAGGAGAAAGGGCAGGAGAAAACACAGUCGGAAAAGCAGCAGUAGGAGAAAGAGAAGCAGCCGGAAAAAGCGUGCAAAGAGUGAUUCUGAAAGCCAGAGCGAAAGCCAAGAUUCCGAUAUGAGCCGUGAUCGUGUGAGGUCGAAAAAGCGUAAACAAAGAUCAAAAUCAAGUUCCAAACGGAGCAAGAAGAAGAUAGAAUCCGACAGCGACAAUUCAGGCUCCUCAAACUCAGAAGCCAAUGUGAAGGAAAUUGUUCCUAAGGCAGAUGGGGUCAAAGUCGAUGAAGAUAUGAACGAUGAGCUCCUUAAGUUUAAGGAGAUGAUCGAGCAGCGAAAAAAGCCUAAUCUUGACGAUGAGCCCGUGGUAGGCCCAAUGCCCCUACCAAGGGCUGAGGGGCACAUCAGCUAUGGUGGGGCUCUCAGGCCCGGUGAAGGUGAUGCAAUCGCACAGUAUGUUCAGCAGGGGAAGCGUAUUCCACGUAGAGGUGAGGUGGGUCUCUCGGCUGAUGAGAUUUCGAAAUUUGAGUCUCUUGGGUAUGUGAUGAGUGGGAGUAGGCACCAGAGAAUGAAUGCUAUCCGUAUCAGAAAGGAAAACCAGGUUUACAGCGCGGAGGAUAAACGAGCCCUGGCUAUGUUUAACUAUGAGGAAAAGGCCAAGAGGGAGCAGAAGGUUAUGGCCGAUUUGCAGCGUUUGGUGCAACGUCAUAUUGGGCAGGAUACAAGCCAUUCUCACGACCCGUUUGGAGGAAGGGCGGGUGAGGAGGGUGGAGAUGAUUGA